CCGACAGCAAUGGAUAACGCAGCAGAAACCGACUCAUAGAUUCCUGCAACAACAUGCACAACGCCACGUGUAACAAACUCCCAAACUUUCCUCUCAAUUUAUACCAAUUCAAACCGAUGAAUAUAUCCUCCAACAAUUUUCGUUUCUGAGAAUCGAAAAUCAGGAAAAAAGAAUGAUGAAUUUUCUGGCAUUAGGUCUUGUUUUAACCUCGCUAGUAACCGCAGGUUUUUUCACCCCAACUCCACAGAACCCUAAAUCGAGAGAUGAUGAUAAUGUGAUAGUGAGAGACGGCCACCGAGUUGUGGUGGUCGAGUACGAGAAAGACGACGGCAACACCAAGGUUCUCAUCUCACCUCCCGAGAAAUCAGAGUUUCUUGCAACCGCAAACGAUAAACUGAACGAGAAAAUGGAGGGAGCUCGUGAUGAAUUGGGAAAUUUAGUUGAAAAUCAAGAAGAUCGCAAAUUCAGCCCUCGGGAGCUCAUUUGCGAUGCCUACGGGAAGUGCAAGCACAAGAUCGCUUCGGCCUUCGAGAAGACGAGGGAAUCCGCGGCCGAAACGGAGGAGGCCGCCAAAGACAAAAUUCAAGAAUCUAAGGAGAAGGUGAAAGAUGAGGUGGUGGAGAAGGCGAGGAGAGUCAAAGACACGAUUCAAGAAUAUAAGGAGAAGGUGAAGGAUGAGGUGGCGGAGAAGGCGAGGAAGGAGCUGAGGGAGAUUUUGAGGCAUGCGUGGGAGGUGGCGGGGGAUGUGUUGGACUACGUGGCGCCCAGGGAGAGGCUGGGGGCGGCGGCCGGGGUGCUGCAUUUGAUGGGGUUCGCGGCGGCUUACGGGAUGGGGGUGUGGAUCACGUUCGCGUCGAGCUACGUGCUGGCGGGGGCGCUGCCACGGCACCAGUUUGCGGUGGUGCAGAGCAAGAUCUAUCCGGUUUAUUUCAGGGGGAUGGCGUGUGGUGUGGGGAUGGCCUUGUUGGGGCAUUUGGUGGGGCGGAGGGAUCCAGCCCCGGUGUUCCAAGGGUUGAACCUCGCGGCCGCGCUCGGGAUGAUCCUCGUGAAUUUGAGGUGGCUGGAGCCUCAGGCGACUAAGGUGAUGGUGGAAAGGAUGAAGAAGGAGAAGGAAGAGGGCACCGGACAAGCGGUGGAGACGUGCAGGAAGGCCGGAGAGUCCACCGCUGAGACGGCAGGCAGAGUUCCAGCUAGUGAAGCAGCAGCAGCAAGGUCUCAGAUCAUCCAAUUGAGCCAAACUCUUGAGAGGCUCAACUCAUAUUCAUCUUUCCUCAAUGCUCUAACCCUCGUGUCGCUGACCUGGCACCUCGUCCACCUCGGCCAGCGUCUGCACGCGGCCACCUGUUGAGCUGCUCGUCUGUGUAGAUGAAGUGUAAUUAGAUGA